CACACUAGGAAUCCCUGGCCUCGCUCCCGGAGGCAGGUGCGCUGUGGGUACGCGGGCCCGGCCUCCGGCGCGUUCCCAUCCGCUAGCCUGCCGGCUCGGGCCUCGCCUACGCGCGCCAAUUUCCGCAUCCGGCUCCUGGCGCUUCCGGUCUUAGCUGGGCCCAUCUGGGAGGGUAUACUACAAACCUCCAGGUCUUGGCCUAUGGGAUUCAGCAGAGGAUGACUUGUCCAUCCUCUCAUUGGUAAGCUGUUUUUCCCAACUGUUCUCCCACCAUCCACCGUCAUCAUGUCUACCUUACUCCUCAAUCUGGAUUUUGGCGAACCUCCCCCCAGAAGGGCAUUAGAAGGCAAUGCCAAGCACCAAAAAUUUGUCAAGAAGCGGCGGCUCUUGGAACGGAAAGGCUUUCUGAAUAAGAAGCAGCAGCCCCCUAGCAAGGUCCCUAAGUUGCACUCAGAACCUUCAAAGAAAGGGGACACUCCCAAGGUGGAUGGCACUUGGAAGGCCCCUCCCCUUCCAAAAAAGAAGACUGCUGCUUCCAGCAGUGGGUCAGAGCAGUCCCUGGACAAGAAAUCUGCAGUGCCUUGGCUGACCCCUGCUCCUUCACAGAAAGCUGGUUCUGUUGUGGCUAAAGUAGAUUUGCUGGGGGAGUUCCAGAGUGCCCUACCAAAGAUCAAGAGCCUCCCAAUUCGCCCCCAGAAGAAGGGCUCCCAGAAGAGCCCUCCUCAGAAGACUGCCCCACAGAUCUCCACCCAAGCUCACUCAGAGAAUAAAUACCCUGGAGCAUCCCAGAAGAUGCCAACGAAGAUGGUGGCAAUUGACUGUGAGAUGGUGGGCACAGGACCCAAGGGGCAUGUCAGUUCCUUGGCUCGAUGUAGCAUUGUCAGCUACAGCGGAGAUGUGCUUUAUGAUGAGUACAUCCUUCCCCCCUGCCACAUUGUGGACUACCGGACCAGAUGGAGCGGUAUCCGGAAGCAGCACAUGGUGAAUGCCACACCCUUCAAGAUUGCUCGGAGCCAGAUCUUGAAGAUUCUCACAGGGAAGAUAGUGGUGGGGCAUGCCAUCCACAAUGACUUCAAAGCCCUUCAGUAUUUUCACCCUAAGUCCCUAACCCGAGAUACCUCCCAUAUCCCCCUCCUCAACCGUAAGGCCGACUGCCCAGAGAAUGCAACCAUGUCUCUGAAGCAUCUCACCAAGAAGCUGCUGAGCCGGGACAUCCAGGUUGGGAAGAGCGGGCAUUCCUCUGUGGAAGAUGCUCAGGCCACCAUGGAGCUGUACAAGUUGGUUGAAGUUGAGUGGGAACAGCACCUGGCCCAGAAUCCCCCAAAAGACUAGUUCCAUGGGGACACUGGUAAUGUGGGGAGGCAGAGGCAGCACCACACCCAGGAGAACAGGGCAGUGGACCAGUGGACAGCUCUACCAGCUCUACACCUUUGGAAACUAGAGUUGUUGGGGAGACUGAGGCUCCACCCCAGACUUAAAAUCCAUUAAAAUUUCACCUCAGGUGUUGUUAAGUGUUCCAUGGAAGGAGGAAGGCUCCAUGUCAGAACCCAGCCCUGUAGGCUGUUUACCUCUUAAAUGGUGCUAACCAUGGGUUCCAGGGUGCUUUGCUCCUGGGAAAGCCUUUUGACUUUCAAGGGGCAGGGCAUACUGGGAAGUGUAGUUUCCCAAACUGCCUUAUCACUAGGGUGACCAUUAUCACUAGGGUCUCAUUUUAUGCCUUUUGUUCUCAAAUAAUUAGCAGCACCGUGUUGAACUUUCCAAAAGUAUCCUGCUGGAUGAUAACUUGUAUGAUCACAGUUUCUCUCAGACUUUUUUUGGCUCAGAGUCUACAUCCAGUCUGUGUUGGGAUUUCACCUGUUCUUUCCACCUUGACUUCCAGAGGAGCCAUCCCUGGUGAGGUUUAGUUCUUAGGGUUACAAGGCAGUAGAGGUAAGAGAGUGUGACUUGGAAAUCAAUUUUUCGGAUUUAGGAAAGCAGCCUCUUUCCUAAAGUGAUAGAGGAUUUAUUUAAUUUAGACCCCACUUGGAAGGUUAAAGAAGAAUUCAAAGUGUUUUAAUGGUUUUUAGUCUUUUACUUUGCUAAACCAAGCCUUUUAAAACUCAAAUUAUUCCCUUGAUAAAUUUUUAUAAAGGAAAAA